CAUUAUAAUCACAUGGGAAUCAGUAAAACAUUAUGGAGAGCAAAAGAACAUGUCUUUUGGCCGUUCAUGGAAAAAGAAAUAAUUGAUGUUGUCAGGAACUGUCCAGCAUGUCUAAAGUAUCAAAAUUCAAAUCCGAAAGAAACGCUUAUUACCAGAGAACUGUCCACAAGACCGUGGGAAAUUGUCACAACUGAUAUCUGUCAUUUAUUUGGUAAAGACUAUCUACUAGUAAUAGAUACAUUUUCACAAUUUCCAGAAGUUUAUUGUAUGAAUCAGAACACCACUCAUUCCAGAAUAGUUGAAGCUAUGAAAUCGAUAUUUUCCAGACAUGGCAAGCCAGAAAUUAUAUACUCAGGUAAUGAUACCCAGUUUGUAAACAAACAUUUUCAACAAUUUCUAAAACACUGGAAAAUAACACAUAAGACAAGCUCUCCACAAAAUCCUCAGUCUAAUGGUUUUAUUGAACGGCAUGUGCAGACUAUCAAAAAAUUACUUAAGAAAGCAGUCUAUGACUCAAAGGACAUUUAUCUGACCUUGUUGGAAUACAGAAAUACACCUUUAGGUCGAGGUAUUCCAUCCCCAGCACAACUUCUUUAUGGUCGUAGGUUGCGAGGGCAAGUGCCCACAAGGAAUAAUCUCUUGAAACCCAGAAUAGUUGUAGACAAAUUUAGAAAAAACCAUUUGCAAAGACAACAAAUACAGAAACACUAUUUCGACAGAAAUGCUAGAGACCUAACAGCAUUGAAUCCACAUGACCGAGUGAUGAUCCAAAUUGAUAAAAGAAACUGGGAGCCUGGUGAAAUAAUAGAAAUAGACAGAUAUCGACCAAGAUCUUAUAUUGUGCGCAUAGACAAAGACAGUAAAUACUUCAUUCGUAACCGAAGAUUUUUAAGGAAGUUCGAUGUGAAUAGAUUUAGAAACAUACAGAAUCAUUCAGGCGAAUUGUUGGAUCAACCAAGUGAGGAAGAACAGGCCAGUGAACAAGGAGAAAACAUGGAUAGUGGUAGUGAGGAAAAGGACACAGAGAAUGAGCAGUUGGAAAAUCAGGAGGUGAGCGGCAAUGAGGCUACAGACUUGACAACUCGAUCAGGCCGGGUGAUCCGUAGGCCAUCGCGUUUCAAAGACUUUGUGUAAGAAAGGGAGAUGUAAUAUGUAUUGUAUUAAAAUGUUAAAAUGUAAAAUAUUAGUGAGUCCGCCAGGUGGCAAUCGUUGCUGAUGCAUCACGGGAACGGUACCUGAGCGCUCACUUUGGUUGUAACCUCGAGACAAUAAACAUAACAGUAACUUCAUCAGGAAUCACUCUGAAAAAUUAAAAUAACUGCCAACCAUUUUGCCAGUUCAAAUUUUUUUUGUCACUUCAAAUUACUUAUUGCAACAGUUUUACUUACUAAUGCAGGUGCUGGUAGCCUUAUCAGUUUGGAGUCUGGAAAGCAAAAAUAACAUGUUAAGCUGCCACAUAGAAAUAGGAAUAAUUUUUUAAUGAAUAAUACUGAAUAACACAUCUGAUCAUAAUGCUUAAACAGUAUUUUACAUGUUCUGUCAUGUCAAAAUUUUUGUUUACUGAACAAAGAUCAAAGUGAAAAAAAUGUUGCCCCAAAAAAAUCUCCAAUCCGGAAAUGCUAGGUAACAUUACAUGAAAACUGCUUUUGGUUCUUAACAUUAUUUUCCUGCUUUCAAGUCUGAACUUGCCACAUGAUGUCAUGACAUGGCUAGGUGCACAGGACUCCCAUCUCACAGGAGCUUGACAUUCUGCUGUUUUUCCUGAAGUGCGCUUUAUGAUUCAAUUUCGCACUAAAUGUCAAAAUAAGCAGACUAGUUUUUAUUGCCAGUAUUAUAUUUCUAUUGCCACUUCAAUAAAUUAUCACCAAGUGGCAGUUUUGGUGCUAUUUAGUGCAAUCCCUGCCCCUUUAAAUCUCUUAC